AUGGACGUCGAUGAAGAGCCAGCAACGAUAGACGAUUUCUUUUCCGAUGAAGGUCAGGACAGCAGCUUGUCGUCAGAUGAAGAUGACGUCGAUGAGAUUGUCUCACAUCCGGGACAAGCAAAAGGCUUGUUCAAAGCGAUGGCAAAAGUGGCAAGGAAGAAAAGAAAAAAGAAAACGGUCGGCCCCUCGUCUGCUCUACCUUCUGCUGACCUGACCCCAACUGAAUUCAGAAAACGCGGGAAAGAGUUGAUCGAUUUCAUCGCUGAUUAUCUGGAAGGUUCUAGAGACCGACCUGUGAAUCAUUCCGCCAUUCAAGGCUACCUGUUCAGAAAGAUGCCCAAACUGCCGCCCAUCCAACCAGUGACUAUGGAUGAAGUGUACAAGGACAUCAAACAGUACAUCUUCCCUGGGUUGCCCCAAUGGCAGAGUCCGAAGCACCACGCCCUGCUGCCCACGGGUGGAUCGUAUGCCAGUUUGCUGGGCAGCAUGCUCUGCGAUGGUCUAGGCUGCAUCGGCUUUACCUGGGCGGACUGUCCAGCGGCCACGGAGCUGGAGAUGCUUGUCAUGAACUGGCUGGCCCAACUCAUGGACCUGCCCAUCGAUUUCCACUUCUUUGGGAAAGGAUCUAGCGCAGGAGGUGGUGGUGGAAUCAUUCAGACCAGCACCACGGAAGCCCUGCUAACGGUCAUCACCGCGGCCAAACGGAAGAUGCUCGGGGCACUCCGCUCUGCUUUCACCGAGGAAACUGAGUGGCAGCUCCAGGACAAGUUCAUGGUCUACUGCUCGGAGCAGGCACAUCCAAGCCUGGAGCGUGUGUGUGAGAUCGCAGGCGUUCGACUCAAGAGACUGUGGACGGACAAGGAAGGCAUCAUGCAUGCAGACACGUUAAGAUUUGCCAUAGAGAAGGACCGAGUAAAAGGCUACUUUCCUAUUCUGGUGGUCGCAACAGUGGGAACUAUAGCAAGUACUUCUGUCGAUCAAAUUGGCAAGAUCGGGCCAUUGUUGGACAAAGAAGCCGGUCACUUCCCCAAGAUCUGGUUCCACAUCGAGUCGGGCUACGCGGGAAGCUCCUUCAUUUGUCGCGAGUACCAGCCGUUGUUGCAUGGCAUCGAUUACGCAGACUCCUUUUCCAUGUCCGCUCACAAAUGGAUGCCCAUACACAUGGACUGUGCGUGUCUGUGGGUGAAGAAAGUCUCGCGCCUGACCCAGACCUUUGCCUGCGAGGACCCGGAUGGGCCGCUGUACAUCCCUCCAGACGAUAAGAACAUGAUGGCUGACUACAGGGCCUGGAGUCUCCCCAUGACCAGACGGUUUCGCGCCAUGAAGAUAUGGGUGGUCUUCAAGCUGUACGGUGUCAAGGGACUUCAGCAGAAGAUCAGGGAGGACGUCAGACGGGCCAAAGAACUGGAGAAACUGAUCGGGGAAGAUCACCGCUUCGAGAUUAUGGGCGACGUCAUGUUUGGUGUGAUAGCCUUUCGUUGUAAGAGACCAGACAAUAACAAGAUCAACUACGAGAUUCUGAAACAGAUCAACAAAUCGGCCGUCAUCAAAAUGACAGGAGCCAGGAUCGGCUUCAAAUUCUGGCUGCGAUUUGUGGUUUCUGGAAGGUACACAGAUUCUGAGGACGUCAAGUUUUCCUGGGACAUGAUUCGGCGAACCACCAACAAGGUGAUAGCUGAUCACACAGAACGCAUGCACAAUGAGGAUCGUUCAGGCAUGCCUAACUAUAAGUACGUCAUGAUGAUCGGCAGCGAGGCGGCAGAUGAAGAUGAAGCAGCUGUUGAAGAUUCACGGGGUGACGAUAAACUGGAUUUGGAUUCAGUCACCAGCGAUAAGUCUAGGCCAAAGUAG